UCAAUCUGUACGCCCCGCCUCUUCAUCUCCUAGGUAACGGCGUUGGAGCGGAAUGUGGCUCCGAGCCUGGUUCUCGUUGCUCUGCUUAUUGCACGUUUGUUCACAGUUGCAUCCCAUGGCUCUGAGUGUCCAAUACAUCUUUGCUGGUCGUUACUCAUCUGUUUUACUGGAAGGAUACAGUGGCAGUGAACUCCAAAAGGGAUCGAUGAUUAAGUGGUCACUUGUCCUACGUGACCGGAUUUCCUUGAUGGUGCUUCAUGUCAUUGGAUCACCUAAUAUCCGUUACAGUGACUAUUACAUCCAUCGAAUAGAUUACAACACAAGGAAUGGCUCUCUGACGUUGAACAAUAUAGAUCUGGAUGAUCGUGGCAUUUAUGAAAAUACCAUAACAACAUAUGGUGAAACUGUGCAGAAAUCUUACUAUAUUAAAGUUCUGGAUGUCAGAGAUGUUUUGAUAGCACCAGUGAUAAUACAGAAUCCGAAAAAUGCGGUGAGAAUUGCUCAGCUCACCUGUGUUACAAAUAGUUGGGAUACAGACACAAUUUUGUGGUAUAAAGGCAGCAAACUGCUUGAAACUGAUGAGAUUUACUCAAUGUCGACUGACAACAGAACACUGACAAUAAAAACCGAUCAAGUUGCAAACUGUGAGUUGUUCACCUGUGUGAUAGAAAACAAAGUCAGUCAGAGCAAGAACUCUCAUGUCCUCAUCAUUAACGGAUUGUUGUUACUCCAUCGGUACACAUUCAUCACAUCCAUAAUUGCUCUGGUGAGCACAUCGACAUCUUUUGCUGCAUCGAUCUUCAUCAUCUUUUUUGCCCUGGGAACUUACAGAGUUCACAAGCGGCACGUACAGCUCACUGCUGUUUUUGUGCUCUUCCAGCUGCUCUCCUUCAUCUCUCUACUGACUGCAGCCCUCUUCUGUGUUUUUGAUCCAGACUUCCCAAUCCCAUACAGGAUUAUCGACGUUCUUGGGCUUUUUCUGGUGAUAGCUAUGAUAAUUUAUAUUCUCGUGCUUUACCUGCAUCCUGAAACUAAGCUCAAAAGAUCGUUCUUGAUAAAGACGAAUCAUCGUUAUUUUUUCCUGGUGUAUGGGAGCUUAUCAGUGAUUAUUUCAGCAGCACCAAUUUACAGAGGAUAUAACAACACCUGUAGACGCCAGAGGUUGAAUAGCCCACCGCCAGUCCUGUAUCUGACGUGUAUACCAUCCUGACAAUCUCGGAAGGCGCCAGUCAGCAUAGCAGAAAAGACCAUGCUAAAGAGUGUAGGGGCGAGAACGCAUCCUUGCUUCACACCGUUCGUCACUGGGAAGGCUUCUGACUCGUCACCAUCAUCCAAAACUUUCACCAUCAUGCCAUCGUGGAAUUGCCGAACAAUCGUAAUGAACCUGCUAGGGCAGCAAACUUCUCCAUUAUCUUCCAUAAGCCAUCUCUGCUGACUGUAUCAAAUGCCUUGGUCAGAUCGACGAAGGUCAUAAAGAGGUCAUUGUGCUGCUCUUGACAUUUUUCCUGGAGUUGGCGUUCAGCAAAUAUCAUGUCGACAGUUCCACGCUCUGCACGGAAGCCACAUUGGCUUUCUGGGAGGAGACCUUGCUCAAGGUGUUGGAGAAGGCGAUUAAGCAGGACGUGAGCCAAGAUCUUCCCAGCUAUGGACAGGAGGGAGAUGCCUGGGUGAUUGUCACAAGACUGACGGUUGCCUUUCCUCUUGUAGAUGUGGACUAUACUGCAUCUUUCAACUGUUGCGGGACCUUUCCUUUGUUCCACAUAGACUGGAAGAGCUCAGUCAGCUUCUGCAUCAUGAAUGGGCCUCCUGCUUUGUAGACUUCAGCAGGAGUGACAAAGGCCAUGUCUGGUGCCGACUGCUGGACGGAUCAUUGACUCAUAGUGUCCAAGUUUAAACUUCGCAUCCUGCCUGUGAGAAGACCCCAAGUUCAGAAGACUGCAAAGAGGCUCAAUGUCUCCAAGCUGAAGAGCAGCGUAGUUGCUGAAGAAUUUUGUGAAGACCUAGAUAGCAGGCUGCUUGACACACCCCAGGAUGACCACCCCAGCAUUGAAGAGCAGUGGACGGCUUUCAGAGAUACAGUCUACUCUACUGCUUUCGAACACCUCGGACCAGCAAUCCGUAGACAUCAAGACUGGUUCAAUGAGAACGACGAGGAGAUACAGGCACUGUUGUUAGAGAAACACCAACUGUUCAGAUCACACCAGAACGAUCCCACACCACAAGCAAAGAUAGAUGCCUUCACCAGUGCAAGACAGAAAGUGCAGAAGGAACUCCGUGACAGGAUGUCUGGUUCAGCAAUAAGUCCGAUGAGAUCCAGGGCUAUGCAAACAGUCACGACACCAAGCGUUUCUACGAUGAUUUGAAGGCUAUGUAUGGACCUCAGUCCUCUGGCUCCUCCCCCCUCCUCAGUGCAGAUGGGACUCGGCUGCUGACAGAGAAAAAGCAGAUUUUGGAGAGAUGGGCUGAACACUUCAACCAGGUCCUCAACCGCCCUGGCAAAAUCAAUGAUGAGGCCAUUGCUCGCCUACCUCAGGUGGAGAUCAACCUGGACCUUGACAACCUCCCCACAGAAGAAGAAGUCAGAAAAGCCAUCAGGCAACAUUCUUGUAGCAAAGCACCAGGAUCAGAUGCAAACCUUCAUAAUAUUAGAAAAGGGAAGAAAAACACAUCCAAAACAAUACUUGAAAUAUUUGCACAAAUGAGAAAUCGCCAUCUUCAAAUUAUCCAAUCUAUCUUUAAAAUGUAAGGAAAUACAAAUAAUUACUUAAAAGACCUUUACAAAAGCACAUGGAACAAAAAAACCCAAUUAGUUCAUUUAAAUGCUGCAGAGAAAAAAAUUCUAGAUGGUUCAAAAUUAUCUACAGUCUUUUAACAGUUCUCCGGCUAUGUCUUCUGAGGUUAAAACCAUCCAAACCAGUCUUUUUCAGAGAUAAAAAUACAUUUUAAGGUAAAGACAUUCUAUAACCAUCAAAUCUUCCAAUUUCAUCACUCUUUACACCGCAAGACAAUCAAACCAUUGUAAAUCAUUCAAACUUAAGGCUUCAGACUGGUCAUCAGACUCAUCAGACAAAGAGUUAAUAAAACACAAUCUUUUGGCUGAGUCAUCAAAAAAUAUGAGCUCCAGUCUGUAAAAAGGGCUGAAGGAUCAUUGGGGAUCCGAGUCACCCCCAACCAAAAACUCUUCCAGCUGCUACCAUCCAGGAAUUGGUACCUCAGCAUAAAAGCCAGGACCAACAGGCUCCAGGACAGCUUCUCCACCAGCCCAUCAGACUGAUUAAUUCAUGCUGAUACAAUUGUAUAUGUAUGUUAUAUUAACUGUCUUGUUGUACAUACUAGUUAAUAUAAAUUGCACAUUUAGACAGAGA